GUCCGGCCAUGUCAUGCCUGUUUGUCGGAAUCGCCACGUUAGAGCGUCAAUUCGCCUGGAUAAAGGUGACCUUUAUCGCUGGAUAGCAUGUCACCUCCAGCAAGGCAUCAUAUCGCCGAGCACCAAAUUUGCCCGUCACCGCAGGCCUUCUCGAAUCUCGACCGUGAGACUUCAUCAAGAUCUCAUCCCGUUCUCAUAGGCUACCACCACUGCGAUAUUAUCCCACAUUUUUUCCAUAAGUUAGAUAUCAUCCAUGAAGGUCUCAGAAAUUCUCACUCGAUUUCAAGCCUGGCUGAAUAAAUGGGGGUUACGCUUUCUUCUUGCCAGCCUUGGGCUUGGUUUGAAGUCAGCACAAGAGGCGAACGUUAAAACAAUACAUGGCAAGAAUGCGAAGAAUAAUCUGCCCGACCUCACUGAGAAAAUCAGCAGGGAGUCAUCCCGAUACCCUGUCGCGCAAGGCAGCUUUGGGGAUGUCUGGAAGUGCAUAUGCAAGCACCCUCCAAUUCCAGUUGCAGUAAAGUGUUUGCGACUUGAGAUUCCGAACGAUAGUUGCAAGACAAAAAUUACCGAGGUUCGGGUGGCUCCGCGCAUGGGUACCACAUGUUUAUUUGCUAAUCGGAACACUCAGCUGAAACACGACAAUCUGUUACCUUUGCUGGGAAUAACUCAAGGGUUCGGUCCACUGCCUGCUAUUGUCUCCCCAUGGAUGCACAAAGGCUCACUUACUAUGCUUCUGGAACAUGAUUUCGAGCAACUCACUAUCACUCGAAUGCUCCACAUUCUCAAAGAUGUCGCCUCAGCUCUUCAGUACUGUAUGCGACAAAUGUCAAUAUUCGGCGCAAAGCUAACAGGAAUAUUAGUGCACUCAAAAAACAUAGUACAUGGUGAUCUUACCGGCAACAACAUUCUCAUCCAUGAGAACGGCAACGCCUUCGUGACUGACCAUGGAAUUCUCAUUUUUUGUGCCGAGCUCCAUGGCACGUCAUAUAUCGGAAGCAAUGUGCGAUGGGCCGCACCUGAAAACUUUCAAGUCCCGGAAGAUGACAAGUCAACGAGCUCGCCCCAAUUGGUAUCAGACAUCUAUUCUUUCGGGUGUAUCAUGUUGCAGGUCUUCACGGGAAAAGUUCCGUAUUCCGAAUUUCGAAGUGACCAUCAAGUUACCGUGCAGAUACUCAGAGGCCGGAAGCCUGCUCGACCCGUGACUCCGCCCAUUGCGGAUGCUCUAUGGGAUUUCAUGCAGAAGUGCUGGCUUGAUGAACCGGAGCGCAGACCUUCAGCCCAGGAAGUCCUGAUAUUUAUACAGGGACAGCUGAAACUGCCAUGGGGAAGCUCCCGACUCCCAUGCGACUCAUGA